CUUCAUUGCAAUAAAAAUAUAGCACUCACCGGAAACAUGACAAUCGCCCAGUGGGCAGUUUCACAGGCCACCAGCGCGACCGCAAAUCUUCCGACGACGGGAUGGUCACCAGACAGAAACAACGGCGGGAACGAGGCAUGCACGCCUCCAACAACGACCUGCCAGCGCAUGCCAGCCUUGCCACGAGACAGCGACCGAUGAGCCACAAACUUCCCAAACAAGCCAUUGAACUACCGAUGGAGCAAUCACCUCGCCAAGCAGGGGCUAUGAGCCCACCGCCAAAUCCUCGACUCAAGAAACGACAGUGGCUUGCGACUUGUGGAACGAUCUCCCCCGUCUCCAAGCGCCGCCCAGUUCUGUGCCGUAAUAACAACAUCCCCAUGGUACCGUGGCAUGUGUACGAAGACGUGUCCAAUCGGUGCGACGACUUGGAAAUCGAAUAUGCGAUUUUGCAGCGCCAUUUACACUCGAAAGACUUGCGCAUCGCUGAGCUUGAGACUUCGCUGGGCGAGUUAAAUGCCACGCACCACACCCAACUCCAAGUUACAUGUGACCGCAUGGAGCGACUGCAGGCACAAGUUGACGUAUUGACGCGCGACAAGUGUCGCCUCACGUCCGACCUGGAAAAAGCAGCGGCGGUGGAACCGCAGCUCACUCGAACGCAGCACUACAUGGAAGCGAUGCAUGAUGCAAUGAUGGACAUGGAGUUUGAAUUGAUGCGGCUUCGGGAGGAAUCGGCACGGCUCUUGACAGCAUCGAGUGCGAAGAGCCAAUCGAACGCGAUCCAGCGGGAGCUGCGAAGCCUCAAGAAGCAGCGGUGUGUCUCCCAGAGCAAGUGGCUGUGUGACGGCGACGAUGAAGACGGCCACAUCACGGACAUGAACCACGACGGUGCCUUUCAACGAGACGCGCACGAUGACGCCGCAGACAACCACACGGAAGCUACUGUUGGGGACGAAUGGCAGUCGACGCAGUCGUCGAGUAGUGGUGUCGGUGGGGGCGACGGUGUUGCCGACCUCCGCGAGAUGGAUUUCCUCGACGUGGCUGAUCAAGUCGUGCUUUACGCCGCCGAAAUGACCGCGGCGCAGCUGGACCUGUGCACGGCCAUGGAGGCGCAACUGCAAGCCGACAUGUGGCAGUACGAGAAGCUCUUGGUGGAGGAGGCUAUGACGGCACAAAGACUUCCGACACACGUCCCUGUCCCGCACGCCGGUGCCGCAGCGCCGCCGCCUCUGCCCGAUGUCGACGCGCUGCUGUGUGAGAUCCUCACACUUUUGUACUCAUCUCUUGCCCCAUCGACAAGUCGUCACGCGGCCGUCGCGCGCGGCGUGGCUGGGUCGCCUGUUUCCACAAUUGCUCGUAUUUAAUCGAAUGUACCA